AUGAACUUCUGGAUUCUUCUUAGUCUUACUUUACAUCAUACAUGCUCGGUUCCGAUCGGAUACAUAGCCUUCGCUUCUCUUGUUUCUACAAAUUCUUCACAACCAACGACCAUGAAUGGAACCGGGGAAGAGUGUGUUUGUAUCAUGUUGUUUUCAUCAAAUCUUUUUGCUAUAAACUCUUUCUUCAAUAACACUUGCCAACUGUUUUCCAACGCAAAUAUUGCAAGUACUACCUUUACACUGGUGAUUGAUCCAAAUAGUAGGGUCUUUUACCGUGACGAAGCAAUAUUCUACGACGAUGGAGAAGAGUACACAACCAAUACCCCUGAAAUGACAACAACCGUUCCAUGUGCAUUAGUCAAUCCACCUCUGAUGGGCACAACCAUAUUCGGACUGGAAAAUGGAACAAGUGGUAGUUCGUUGUCGACGUUGAAGGCACCGUGGGGCAUCACAGUCAAUAGUGAUGACUCGCUGUUGAUUGGUGAUAAUACCAAUAAUCGAGUACUUUAUGUAGCUCCUAAUGCCACCACAGGACAAAAGGUGGCGCCUAGUAGCGGAUCAUUAUAUGCUCGACGAGCUUACUUUGAUAGUUCUUAUUUAAAUUUAUAUGUUGUUGAUUGUGAUCGUUGUCAAAUGACUCGAUAUUUUAACGGCUCUCUUACAAAAACGAUCGUCUUUAGUCCUUCGUGUGGAACGAAUCUGACGCAAACUGGUAAAUCAGCAUCUUUCGUCAUAGAUUCCAAUGGUAGUUUCUACGUUGCCGAUAACGUAAACCAUCGUAUUAUGCUGUGGCCUGUAAAUGCUACUGUAGGCAUAAUCCUAGCUGGUGAAACGAACAUAUCAGGAAAUGACACUCAACAUUUUCGCAAUCCGCAAGAUAUCGUUCUAGAUGAAUUAGCUGGAGUUUAUUAUGUUGCUGAUACAAAUAAUCAUCGUAUUCUUCGAUUUUUCAUGAACUCGUCCGAUGGCACCGUAGUAGCUGGUGGAAACGGUGCUGGCACGGCAUCAAACCAAUUGUACAGUCCAUGCGGUCUAUACUUUUCGAAGAAGAACAACACUUUCUACAUAGCAGAUACGAGCAAUCAUCGCAUUGUUCGAUGGUGUCUUGGUUGUUCUGAAGGGGUGACAGUCGCAGGUUCUUGCAACGGCGCGAGUGGCACCAGCGCAUAUCAACUGGCAGCUCCAACCACGGUUACGAUGGAUAAGACCGAAUCAUAUCUAUAUGUAGCUGAUCGAGGAAACAAUCGCAUACAAAGAUUCGACAUCAACUAA